AUGGGGCGCCGAGGACCCCGUAAGCCGCCGAGCUGUUCCUUAGGUGGCCCUCGGGGUGUUUUGGGGUGGGGGGGCGUCUCUGUGGGGUCUCUGUGGGGUGUUGGGGGUCACUUAUGGGGUGCCGGGGGGGUGCCGGAGCCUUCCUUGGGGGGGGGACGCCCCCUCCUGACCCCCAUCUCCCCCCAGAUCCUGCUGCCCCUCAUCAACCAGUACUUCCACAACCACUGUCUCUACUUCCUCUCCACCCCCGCCAAGGUGCUGGGCAGCGGGGGGCACGCGUCCAACAAGGAGAAGGAGAUGAUCACCAGCCUCUUCUGCAAACUGGCCGCGCUCGUCCGUCACCGCGUCUCGCUCUUCGGGACCGACGCGCCGGCCGUGGUCAACUGCCUGCACAUCCUGGCCCGCUCGCUGGACGCCAGGACGGUGAUGAAGUCGGGCCCCGAGAUCGUCAAGGCGGGGCUGCGCUCCUUCUUCGAGAGCGCCUCCGAGGACAUCGAGAAGAUGGUGGAGAACCUCAAGCUGGGGAAGGUGACCCAGAGCCGCACCCAGGUGAAGGGGGUGGCCCAGAACAUCAACUACACCACGGUGGCCCUCCUGCCCGUCCUCACCUCCCUCUUCGAGCACGUGGCGCAGCAUCAGUUCGGGGACGACGUCAUCCUCGACGACGUCCAGGUCUCCUGCUACCGCAUCCUGUGCAGCAUCUACUCGCUGGGCACCACCAGGAACCCCUACGUGGAGAGGCAGCGCCCGGCGCUGGGGGAGUGCCUGGCCCGCCUGGCGGCCGCCAUGCCCGUGGCCUUCCUGGAGCCCCACCUCAACGAGUUCAACCCCUGCUCCGUCUACAGCACCAAGUCCCCCCGCGAACGCGCCAUCCUGGGGCUGCCCGGCCGGGUGGAGGAGAUGUGCCCGGACAUCCCCGACCUGGAGCGGCUGAUGCGGGACAUCGGGGGGCUGGCGGAGUCGGGGGCCCGUUACACGGAGAUGCCCCACGUCAUCGAGGUCACCCUCCCCAUGCUCUGCAACUACCUGCCCCGCUGGUGGGAGCGGGGCCCCGACACCCAGCCCCAGGGACCCUGGCCCACGGCCGUCACCGGCCAGCACCUCAACGCCCUCCUGGGCAACAUCCUCCGCAUCGUGGUCAACAACCUGGGCAUCGACGAGGCCUCCUGGAUGAAGCGCCUGGCAGUCUUCGCCCAGCCCAUCGUCAGCAAGGCCAAGCCGGAGCUGCUGCGCUCCCACUUCAUCCCCACCAUGGAGAAGCUGAAGAAACGGGCGGGCAAAGUGGUGGCCGAGGAGGAGCAGCUCCGCAUGGAGGCCAAGGCGGAGGGGGAGGAGGCCGAGCUGCUCAUCCGCGACGAGUUUUCCGUCCUCUGCCGCGACCUCUACGCCCUCUACCCCCUGCUCAUCCGCUACGUGGACAACAGCCGGGCCAAGUGGCUGACGGAGCCCAACGAGGACGCGGAGGAGCUGUUCCGCAUGGUCGGGGAGGUCUUCAUCUACUGGUCCAAGUCCCACAACUUCAAGCGUGAGGAGCAGAACUUCGUGGUGCAGAACGAGAUCAACAACAUGUCCUUCCUCACGGCCGACAGCAAGAGCAAGAUGGCCAAGUCCGGAGACGGCCAGGGGGGCGGCUCGGAGCAGGAGCGGACGAAGAAGAAGCGGCGCGGGGACCGCUACUCCGUCCACACCUCCCUCAUCGUCGCCACCCUGAAGAAGAUGCUGCCCAUCGGCCUCAACAUGUGCUCGCCCACCGACCAGGAGCUCAUCAGCCUGGCCAAGGGCCGCUACGCCCUGAAGGACACGGAUGAGGAGGUGCGGGAGUUCCUCAACAACAACCUGCACCUGCAGGGCAAGUGCGAGAACAACUCGUCCAUGCGGUGGCAGAUGGCCCUGUACCGGGAGAUGGCCGGCAAAGCCGAGGACUCCGACAGCCCCGAGAAGAUUGUCCGGAGGGUGCAGGAGGUCUCGGCCGUGCUCUACCACCUCGAGCAGACGGAGCACCCCUACAAGUCGAAGAAGGCCGUCUGGCACAAGCUGCUCUCCAAGCAGCGCCGCCGCGCCGUCGUCGCCUGCUUCCGCAUGACCCCCCUCUACAACCUGCCCAGGCACCGGGCCUGUAACAUGUUCCUGGAGGCGUACAAGCUCUCCUGGCUGCUGACGGAGGAGCAUCCCUUCGAGGAUCGCAUGAUCGACGACCUCUCGAAAUCGGGGGAGGAAGAGGAGGAGGAGGAAGAGGAGCGGGAGAAGAAGCCGGACCCCCUGCACCAGCUCAUCCUGCACUUCAGCCGCACGGCGCUGACGGAGAAAAGUAAGUUGGAGAAGGAUCAUUUGUACAUGGCGUACGCCGGCAUCAUGGCCAAGAGCUGCCACACGGAGGAAGGCGACGAGGAGGAGGAGGAGAAGGAGGAGGAGAAGGAGGAGGAAGAAGCCGAGGAUUCCUUUGAGGAGAAGGAGAUGGAGAAGCAGAAGCUGCUCUACCAACAGGCCCGGCUGCACACGCGGGGGGCGGCCGAGAUGGUGCUGCAGAUGAUCAGCGCCUGCAAGGGGGAGCGGGGCGCCAUGGUGUCCUCCACCCUCAAGUUGGGCAUCUCCAUCCUCAACGGGGGCAACGCCCAGGUGCAGCAGAAGAUGCUGGAUUACCUGAAGGAGAAGCGGGAGGUCGGGUUCUUCCAGAGCGUCCAGGCCCUCAUGCAGACCUGCAGCGUGCUGGACCUGAACGCCUUCGAGCGGCAGAACAAGGCGGAGGGACUGGGGAUGGUGACGGAGGAGGGGACCAUCAUCAGCCGUGAGAACGGGGAGAAGGUGAUGUCGGACGACGAGUUCACGCAGGAUCUGUUCCGGCUGCUGCAGCUGCUGUGCGAGGGGCACAACAACGAUUUCCAGAACUACCUGCGCACCCAGACGGGGAACACCACCACCAUCAACAUCAUCAUCUGCACCGUGGACUACCUGCUGCGCCUGCAGGAGUCCAUCAGCGACUUCUACUGGUACUACUCGGGGAAGGACGUCAUCGACGAGCAGGGGAAGCGCAACUUCUCCAAGGCCAUGGCCGUGGCCAAGCAGGUCUUCAACAGCCUCACCGAGUACAUCCAGGGUCCCUGCACGGGCAACCAGCAGAGCCUGGCCCAUAGCCGCCUCUGGGACGCCGUCGUGGGCUUCCUCCACGUCUUCGCCCACAUGAUGAAGAAACUGGCCCAGGACUCCAGCCAGAUCGGGCUGCUGAAGGAGCUGCUGGACCUGCAGAAGGACAUGGUGGUGAUGCUGCUCUCCCUGCUGGAAGGCAACGUGGUGAACGGGACCAUCGCCCGGCAGAUGGUGGACAUGCUGGUGGAGUCCUCCAGCAACGUCACCAUGAUCCUCAAGUUCUUCGACAUGUUCCUGAAGCUGCGGGACAUCGUGUCCUCGGACGCCUUCCGCGACUACGUCUCGGACCCGCGAGGUCUCAUCUCCAAGAAGGACUUCCAGAAGGCGAUGGACAGCCAGAAGCAAUACGAACCCGCCGAGAUCCAGUUCCUCCUCUCCUGCUCCGAGGCGGACGAGAACGAGAUGAUCGACGUGGAAGCCUUCGCCGGCCGCUUCCAAGAGCCCGCCCGCGACAUCGGUUUCAACGUGGCCGUGCUCCUCACCAACCUCUCGGAGCACGUGCCCCACGACCAACGCCUGCGCACCUUCUUGGAGCAGGCGGCCAGCAUCUUGGAGUACUUCCGCCCGUUCCUGGGGCGGAUCGAGAUCAUGGGGGCGGCUCGGAGGAUCGAGCGCCUCUACUUCGAGAUCAGCGCCGCCAACAAGGCGCAGUGGGAGAUGCCGCAGGUGAAGGAGUCCAAGCGCCAGUUCAUCUUCGACGUGGUCAACGAAGGGGGGGAGGCCGAGAAGAUGGAGCUCUUCGUCAACUUCUGCGAGGACACCAUCUUCGAGAUGCAGAUCGCCUCCCGCCUCUCCGAGGAGGAACCCCCCCGCGAAGGAGAGGAGGACGAGGAGCAGGAGGAAGAAGAGGAAACCCCCGACCCCGCCGGCCCCCCGCCCCCCGCCGAACCCGCCUCGGCUUUCGGGGAGCUGCUGGCGGGGGCCGGGGGGUUGCGGCGUUUCUUGGGCUCCCCUCAAAUGUGGCGGCGCCGGUUGCGGCGGUUGCGCCGGCGGCCCGCCCGGGAGCUGGCUUGGGCGGCGGGGGCGGCCGCCGGCCGGGCCGCGCUGGGGGCGGUUCUGGGGGGCUGGGGGGUGCUGGGGGCCGUGGGGCAACUGGCCUGGACCUCACUUUUCGGCGGGGGGCUAGUGGAAGGGGCGCAGCGGCUGGCCCUGGCCGAGCUCUUGGCCAGCAUGCCCGACCCCACUCAGGACGCCGUGGGGGGCGGCGAGGCCGGGGGGGAGGCGGGGGGUGAGGAAGGGGGUCCCGAAGACCCCGUCCCCCCGCCCGCCCCCCACUCGCCACAGCCCCCCGAGGAGGAGGAGGAGGAGGAGGAGGCGGCCAGGGGAGAGACGACGGCGGCGGCGGCGGCGGCGCCGGUGGCGGGUUUCGGGGUGCGGAAGGAGCCCGGGCACUAUCGGCUGGCGGCCCCCGACGCUCCGGGGGGGCUGGGGGACAUCGGGGAGCCCCCCGCCGCCGAGCCCCCCACCCCCGAGGGCACCCCCAUCCUCCGCAGGAAGAUUGGGGAGGCCGGGGAGGAGGUGGGGGAGGAGGAGGAGGCGCGGAAGGAAGAGGAGCCGGCGGGAGAGACGGAAAAAGCCGACACGGAGAACGGGGAGAAGGCCGGGGCCGAGGGGGCCGAGGGGGGGCCGGAGCCCGUGGCCCCCCAGAAGAGGCGGAAAUCGGUGCCCCGGGAGCGCAAGGAGCCGCCGGCCGAGGGAGCCUUCGAGUUCUGGGCCGAGCUGGAGGUCCAGAGGGUCAAAUUCCUGAACUACCUGUCCAGGAACUUCUACAACCUGCGGUUCCUGGCGCUCUUCCUCGCCUUCGCCAUCAACUUCAUCCUCCUCUUCUACAAGGUGUCGGAGCACCCCCCCGGCGCGGAGGAGGCGGCGGAGGGCUCGGGGCUGGGGGCGGCGGCGGCCGAAGGCUCCGGGGGGGUGGCGGGGGGGGGUGAGGAAGAGGAGGAGGAGGAGAGCGUGGUCUAUUACUUCCUGGAGGAGAGCACGGGCUACAUGCAGCCGGCGCUGCAGGGGCUGGCCCUGGCCCACACCCUCGUCGCCUUCCUCUGCAUCAUCGGCUACAACUGCCUCAAGAUCCCGCUGGUGAUCUUCAAGCGGGAGAAGGAGGUCGCUCGGCGCCUGGAGUUCUCGGGGCUCUACAUCACGGAGCAGCCGCCCGACGACGACGUCAAGGGCCAGUGGGACCGGCUGGUGCUCAACGCCCAGUCCUUCCCCAGCAACUACUGGGACAAAUUCGUCAAGAGGAAGGUGAGGGGG